AGCUCGUUGACGUAAAGAUUAUUACUAAAGGACCUUUGUCGUGACGUCAUCCGCCCGGCGACAGAAAUCGGGAAAGUUCUUCAUGCAGCAGCAGCUCGCUGUUGCUAAAUAACUCUGAGGAUCUUAUAUUGUUUAACUAGCAUAAUGCCCAAGGUGAAAAGGAGUAGGAAACCACCUCCAGAUGGUUGGGAGCUCAUAGAGCCGACUCUUGACGAGCUGGACCAGAAAAUGCGCGAAGCUGAAACCGAGCCUCAUGAGGGCAAACGUAAGGUUGAGUCUCUCUGGCCAAUCUUCCGACUUCAUCAUCAGCGCAGCCGUUACAUUUUCGACCUUUUCUACAAAAGGAAGGCCAUCAGUCGAGAGCUCUAUGAGUAUUGCAUCAGAGAGGGCUAUGCAGACAAGAAUCUGAUUGCCAAAUGGAAAAAACAGGGCUAUGAAAACCUGUGCUGUCUGCGGUGCAUUCAGACACGCGACACAAACUUUGGAACAAAUUGCAUAUGCAGAGUUCCUAAGGGCAAGCUUGAAGUGGGUCGUAUCAUUGAGUGCACUCACUGUGGAUGCAGAGGAUGUUCUGGAUGAAUCAAGAGGCCAACAACUUUUUGAAUUUACUGAACUUUAAUUUGUAUUUUAAUACAUUUAUUUGGUUGUCAUUACAGUGUUGGAUUUUUUUUAAAACUGAUAUGAUUGUAUGUAUAUGCUCUUUUUUUUUUUUUUUCAUUUUAUUCUUUGUAUUAAACUGUCUUAAUUAUUCUGGGUUAAACUGUCCAAUCUUG